AUGUCUCGUAUUUUUUUUUCCAGAAAUGAUGCUGAACGACAAAGAAAAAAGCGUACUAUGAAGCGAGAGAAAAUGAUUGCUGCUGCCAUCGAAAGCAGUGAUGAUGACAUAUCCAAUGACUCAAUGGACGUCUUUACAUCACAUUCAUCAUUAACUACUGAUCCAUCAUUACAUGCUUUAUAUCAAAUCGACGAUCCAAGUUCACAACAACCAAAUAAUACUGCUGAUUUUUCAUCCUCAUAUGAAGACGAUGAUGAUGAUCUGAAUGAAUUAUGUCGUACAAGCGAUAUUAAUUAUCAGCGUAAACUUUAUACUGGUACUUUUUUAUCAUUACACGAUGCUUGUCAAAUAACUAUCAAACUGGCCCGUCGAUUAAAUCUCGACAAAAAAAAAACAAAUAUCUUAUUAAAGGGCAUACAUGCUUUAUUACCGCAAGAUAACAAAUUGCCCAAGACAACAGUAGGAUUGAUGAAAAUUCUUGCACACCCAAUAUUUGAUUUAGGUAUUAAUAAUGAUAAAAAAGUAAUUUAUUAUUGUGCUGAAUGUCUUACUUGUUUGGAAACGCCUCAACAAACAACAUGCUCACCUAAUUGUCCUUUAAACAAUAAUUACCGUCCAUUUUCGAACGCCAGUGAAUUAACAAUUAAUGAUGUUAAAUGUGAAAUCCGUAGCACCAUAGCAAGAUAUGCUAAUGUAAUUAAUGAUUAUCGAAAUCGGUCAAAGGUAUUAUUACCUUGCGACGUACCAAAUGCUAAUGUAUAUCAAACAAUAUCUUCCACAACAGCCAUCAAAAGUAAUCAAAAUCAAGUUACAGUUAUGCUCCACACUGAUGGAGCACCAGUUACUAAAAUUAAAGGUAAAUCUUUAUGGCCUAUUCAAGCUACUUUGUGUGAAAUACCACCACCACUUAGAGAUCAUAAACAAGCUAUAAUGAUAUUUGGAGCUUGGCUUGGAAUUCAUCAUCCUGACAGAAAUCUUUUAUGGAAAAAUGUAGUUAAUCAAAUUCAACAAUUAUUUAAAGAUGAAAUUAUAGUUACCAUCAAUAAACAGCAACUUAAGUACAUUGUACGAAUUCAAUUAAUAACAUUUGAUCUUCCAGCACUAGCAUCAAAUUGCAACAUCGUACAGUACAAUGGAUACAAUGCGUGUCCAUAUUGUCAAAUGUCAGGUAAAGCAGUCGACAAACAAGUUAUGUAUCCACAUUCACCAAUUCCAUGUCCACCUAAAACAACUGAUGAUUAUCGACGAUAUGGUACAUUAAAUUCUUCGUCUACUAUAACUAUGGGUAUUAAGGGUCCUUCGCCAUUAACCGAUAUACUAUUAUUUCCAAUUCAAGUUGCCAUUGAUUACAUGCAUUUGACUUGUAGUGGUCAUGUAAAAACUUUAAUUGGAUACUGGCACAAGAUGUUACUACCGAAGGUAUUUGAAGAAGCGUCAGUUUAUUUAUCAUCCAUUAUAUUGCCGCAUAAUUUUAAUCAUCAAUUUAUGCCAUUAGUUGAUUAUCAAAAUUGGAAAACCAAACUUUUCCGCAUUUUAUUUCUACCUGAUAGAUAUGCAUUACAUUUUUUAUACUAUUUUAUUUAUGUUCGUACACUAUAUCAUUACGAAACAAUAUCAGAAUUAGACAACAUAGAUUUAUUAUUUGACGAGUAUUACAAAAAUUUAUCUAAAUUAUAUGGCGAAAAAUCUGAAUUACUUACUGUACAUUUGCAUUCACAUUUAAAAGAACAGGUACUUCAUCAUGGUGCUUUAUCGAUGACAUCAUGUUUUCCACGUGAAUCAUAUUUGGGAUUGGCAGUAACCAUGUGCUAUGGUAAGAAAUAUGUUUUAGCACAAUAUAUAUCAUGGCAUUUGAUUGAUCGUUCUUUAUGCGACAAGAAUACCAUCGAAGUGAAUGAUGUUUUUAUUACUGAACGAUUUUAUGAUCGUCAUUUAGAUAUACAAAUGAUUGCAAGAUAUAAAGCAAAAUUAAUUGAAUGUUUGAAAAGACAAAAAAUAAUGUUCGAUGAAAGUUUGCAGAUCCAAUAUUAUGCUCGAUAUCGUCGUGGUCUUAAAAGUUAUCAUUCAAAAGUUUAUUCACGUGCUGGAAGAGCAAUUAGUCACAGAGUGUCUGUUGCCAAUCCUAAAUGUACGCACGCAAGAAAAAGAUGUUUCGCUAAUGUUAUAUUUUAUUUUAAAUUAUCCAAUGUCUAUUAUGCAUUUAUUAAAAAAUAUCCAUGUAUUAAUCUUAGUUUAGGAUCCGGCUUAACGACAGCUGCUAUUCCACAAAAUAUUCUUGAACGACUUGAUCUUUAUUACGGUACAAAGGCACAAAUGCAUCUGGAUAAAACUAAAUAUGCACGUCAAACUGGUAGUGAAGAGAUAGAUUUAGGGAAUUUUGUUGAUAGUGAAGACGAAAAAGAAAACCAAGAACAAGAUUUAGAUAUGCCAACAUCGUUGGUACAAACGUUAUCAACACCACAAGGAUCAACAACAUCAAAAGAAAACUUAACCAACAAUAAAUUAUCUCAAAGUUAUUCGUCAUCCCGAUCAAGUAUUAUUCAUACAACAAAUGAUAAACCAUUAAUUAACUUCGACACUGUAUUUAAUUCACCAUCAACAUCCAAGAAACGUCCACAUGAUUCUGAAAGUUCACUUGAUGUCAGCGAAAACGAUGAUGAUGAUGAAGAACCACGAAAUGUAAUUAAAAAACAAGCAAAGCACAACGAUAGUAGUGAUAUGUUGAACAGACUAUUGAAUCGAAAAAAAGCACCGGCAAGAAAAAGAAAAAAAUUAGCAUCAACUGUUAUAGAUUCAACAGAUGUUGAAUGUAAAGGAUGUAGGGACUUAUGUGAUGUUAUAAAUAAACUUACGAAGCGUGUGGAACGUGUUGAACGUGUUGUACCGGCAGUAAAACAAUUCUUUCGACAAAAAAGCACCGGUGCAGAGUCAUCAUCAACAACAGCACCAUUAUCAAAUAUUGAACAAAUUAAUCUAUCUAUCAAAGAAAUUUUUGAUGUCGAACCCAAUCAAGUAAAAGGUCCACGAGAUCGGCCUACCAUCAUCAUUCGACAUCUUUUUACAAUAUCGAAUCAUGUAUCUGAUUAUCGUCAAUAUUUAGAAAAACAUUCUAAUUUAUUAAAAGCAUUCUUACAAUAUCGUUGUCCUGGUAUACUUAAUAUGGAUGACACGUGGUUAGAAAUCAAUAAAUCAAUGGCAUCAUUAGCAAAUGAUAUCAAGAAAAAUACGAAAACAAAACUAGCUCGACAAAUGGCGAACUCAUCAACCAGUCAACAACAGCUGAUAGCAACUAUACCGUCAAAUGACAUGUCAACAACACCAGAUGAUGAUCUUAAACAGAAUUUAACUUUUUAA